ACAUACGACACACACCAAAUACAUAGAUGCACAGACGCCCACACCCACCCAUCAUACACACGCGCGCGCGCGCGCGCGCAUGCACACAUAAUUAUGCAGAUCUUAUUGUUGAGUUAUGUUUAUGAGCAUUUUUGUAAAAUCUAAAUUUCCUGAAUCCGUGCAAUAGUUCAUAUACAGUUCAAGAAUUGUGUUAUAUAUUGCACGUCGCAUGCCAGAGCUCCUUGAUGAAGCUGCUCCGCUGAUUGACCGCUGAGUGUUGUGUUGAGGUGCUGUGCGCUCUCCGCUGUGCUGCUGCUGCUGCUGCUGCAGGGGGAGCGUCCGUCCUUAUACAGCCUGCAGUGCUGCGAUGUGCGGCCGCCUUAUUUGUCUCCUGGCUGCUACAUUUUUCCAUUUUUAAUCAUAUUUGGAGGACCACAGAGAAGGAAAUUCAUUAAGACGGGCGACCUCCAUGCCGGCAGGAGGUAAAACAGCCUAUACUGUGCGUCUUUGAACUGAGAUGCGGACGGUGCUAACUCAUUUCUGUGACUAUCUACAUGGUUUCUGGAGAUGCAGGUGCCUACAGAGGAUGGCCUUUCACUGACUGGAUAGAGGCAGCUGGGUUUCAGGAUGCGCUCUCUGAGAAAGACAGUGUUGCUUGCCAUCCUGGUGUCUGUGGUGCUGGUGUUGGCCCUGCUCCAUUCGUGGCCCACUCGGGCUUACACCACAGUGGAUGUUUGGCAGCGACAGGGGCAAAAUAUAGAGAGGCAUCUGGAGGAGAGACUCCCAGAACCAGACCACCGAUUUGGCAACAUCCCCUUUCAUGUGAGGGACAGUGUGGCGAGCUUGUUGGCACGUAACGGGUGUGUGUGUGAGGGUGAGAGUGGUGGAGUGAACCUGCCCUUCGCCCAACUCUUGUUCCCGCGAGUGUCAGCUCACCCGCUGCACACCGCCUUUGAGGCCUCUGAGCUGGAGGAAAUGAAGAGGAGACGUGCCAAAGAGUACAAGAGUUUCCAAAAAAGGUCACAGACACCUGCAGAUGAUCUCAUCAUUGCAGAGGCUAAUAAUCCCUUACAGUAUCCAACACAGGGGGUGGAGGUGCGACCCCUGAAAACAAUCAUCAUCCCAGGCUUGGCCUUACACGACCUUCCCAAAGACCACUACUCAAUAAACAUCACUGCCACGCUGGGAACGCUGAACGUGGCAGCAGAGGUGGACAAGGUGAAAGUCAAAGGUGAUGGUGAGAUGCACAUGACUCUGUCCAGCAGCCUGCUGCCCAACCUGAACCGACAGCUGCAGUUUGUCACCUACACAAACACUCUGUUCCACCCCAGCACAGCAGACACAGUGCAGUUUGAGACAGAGGGACAUCAAGCCAGCUUCAGUAUCAAGAUCCGUCACGGUGUUACACCCAAACUGUACAACACCGGAUCCAAAGGAGAGUACAACGUGAGUGCCCUCGUCACCAUAGCUACAAAGACUUUCCUUCGAUAUGACAAGCUUCAAAAUCUUAUCGACAGCGUGAGAAAAUACUAUCCCACUGUCACCAUAGUGAUCGCUGAUGACAGCGAAAACCCCAAAACCAUUUCUGGGCCUUACAUCGAACAUUACAUCAUGCCUUUUGGAAAGGGUUGGUUUGCUGGACGAAACCUCGCCGUCUCUCAGGUGACGACAAAAUACGUGCUGUGGGUGGAUGACGACUUCAUCUUCACCGCUUACACCAAGCUGGAGAAACUGGUGGAUGUUUUAGAGAAAACCACUCUGGAUCUGGUGGGUGGUGCAGUGCGGGAGGCCACAGGUUACACUGCCACCUACAGACAGACCAUCUCCAUCGAGUCGGGGGAGGAGGAGGGCGACUGUUUACACAUGAGGAGAGGGUUUCAUCACGUCAUCCAAGGAUUCCCCAACUGUGUCGUGACUGACGGAGUCAUUAACUUCUUCCUGGCUCGCACAGACAAAGUCCAGCAGGUCGGCUUUGACCCACGCCUCGCCAGGGUCGCUCACCUGGAGUUUUUCAUCGACGGCCUCGGAUCUCUCCACGUGGGCUCUUGUGAUGAUGUCAUCGUGAAUCAUGCCACCAAAAUCAGACUUCCCUGGGCGAGCCAAUCAGAGAGUGACAAGAUUUAUGCCAAGUUCCGUUACCCUGCGGCCUCGUCCGAUGCCACACACACGAAAAACGGCCUCCUGUUCUUUAAGAACAGAUUUCAGUGUUUGACUCAUAAUUAGCUCCUCUCUGUCCUGAGGGUUCCUCUGCUCUUCCUGAGUUGCCAAAGAAGUUCUCCUCCGUCUCGUUCUGUCGGAUAAGAUUUCAGAAACACGCUUCGGUUUGCCUUUUCUUUGAAAACCUUUUCGAGAGGUUUCAGGAAUCAGCGAAGAGAAAAUGCGCCAUUAGAGCAGUUUUAGCAUGUUUAUUCUGUCAGUGCUGAGAAAGUCCUUAUCCACGUCCAGAAGCCAGAUAUGAAAGUCCAAGAUCUCCAGAGAGAAUCAGCUGUAACAAACACAUCAUGUUGUUUACUCAGACCCAGUUAAAUCACAGCAUCUUCUCUGUUAAUUACUUUUUGGUUGUCAAAGUUUAUCUGGCUUUUCUCACAACGACCGAGCUUUGGGAGAAGCCAACAGGUAGCAUCUUCACAGUCAGUCCAUUAGAUGUGAGCAGAGAAACAUCUGUCCUCCUUCAAUUUGCACUAUCCAAAACAGACUGAGCUUGGAAAAAAGCAUCUGAGGGGCCUGAGGACAAGGGGACACUUCUGUAAAGUGACAAUCCUGUCGACGCAGUGCGUCCUGUAGGUAACCUCUUCACCAACGCCACAUGAAGAACGCAUUCACCGCCUGAGGUACCCGCCCACGCUCCAUGACUGGCGGCUAUGCCAAAGGUUUGGCUGCUGGCUUUUGGGUGUUUUUAUCUCUUUGUGUUAUGGUUCUGCUUUCCCCACCUUUCCCCAGAAUCCUGUGUGUCAUCUAUGCGCAGUUAAUCACGUCUGAGGAGAAACUUUCAGUCCCACCCCAACUGGUGUUACCUGAUCUGGGAGCUGCCUUGUUGUGUUUUUUUUUUUGUCAUCUGCUGUCUGUCACUCCCAACAAACAUCUAAAGAGGAGGAGUGCUUCUGUCCAGUGCACGCUGAUGGAUGACAGUGAAAGUGAUUGCAUCUUUACAUGCUGCCUAAAAAGAAAAAGUUGAAUGAACCAAAGUGCAUGUUGAGUUUUCCUCACUACAAGAGAAGAAGAGAGAAAAAAACACACACACAUUGAGACAGAAGUGAGAGUUUUGUAAUAAAUUAAAGGGAUAGUUCAGAUAAAUUGAGGUAUGAGGUACUUAUCUAUAGUCACUGUAUCACUUACAGCAGAUGGCUACUGUAGGAUUCUCCCAGUUAGGAGAAGCAGGCAGGAGGGUAGACAGAAGCUAAGUAAUGUACUGCUGUAGAGGGGCAACAGCAAAAAAAAUGUAGUCGCUUAAAAAUAAUUGAUAUCAGUAAAAGUUUAUGCGAUAUUCAGAAUAUUUUUCCCUCAUUAUCUUGCCCUGACAGAGCCCUUUUCGACAAGAAACAGAAGCUGUUCUUUGCUCUCUUCAAAGCCACCAGAUUCCAUUGACAAAAAUAUAAAUUUUACCUUGCUGGUCUACCGGUGCCUCGAUCUGUUAUUUUGUUUGUGUUAUUGUGUGACUUUGGUGUUUUUUAGGAUUAGUUCAGAUUCACCAAAGUCACACAAUAACAAAUAAACUAACUGAUCGGGGCAGCAAUAGACUGGCAACUCCCAUGUGCUGCAAGGUAAAAUGUUUUGUCUAAAAAGUCUGGUUCAUAGAAUGGUUUCCCACAUCAUAAACUUAAGGCAAGGCAAGGCAAGUUUAUUUGUAUAGCACAAUUCAACACAAGGUAAUUCAAAGUGCUUUACAUACACAUUAAAACAGCAAGACACAAUUGAAAACAGUAAAAACAGUCAAUUAAAACAGGGAAAUAGAAAUAAAAAUAUAAAUAAGAUAAAAUAAAUAAACAGGACUGUCGGACGGCAAGGCAAAGCAGUGAAAAUCUUCUAAAUAUAGUGUACACUUAAACAAACAUGAUUUUUAGCUUCUGUGCUGGACAAGUAUCCCAUAUAACCCCACUUUUUAAAAAAAGAAAAA